GACGAGCCGUUUGUUUCAUUGAAAUCAACAUGGAUUUUACGGUUCGGAAGAAGCUAGGAAAGUGCAGACGAGGUGUUCUUAAGUUAGAGAAUCGCCAGAUUCAGACACCUGGUUGUUCAUUGUACACAAGAGGAGGAGCAGUUCCCCAUCUCACUCGGGAUGUAUUGCAUACAGUUGCAGAUUUACCAGCAAUUGUUCAUCUGACUCUUGAAUCCACGUGAGUUUGUUCUGCUCAUAUUAAAACGUUAUGGCCGAGGCCAAGAUCGCUGAAUUACAGUAAACGAUUAUUAAUUGUAAGAGCACAAUAACCGUAUUUAAAAUCCUUACUAAAAUAUCUUAGGAGUACACUGUGUUAGAUCAGAUAGGUCUAACGCUUGCGGUUUUACUUGUGAAAUUUUAUUAAGCUGUGCACGAAAGCUUAUUAUUAGCUCAUAAGUUUACUAUAUCAAAAUUCUCAAAUCUGAUUGGCUAUCAGCUGUCCUGAUUUCAGUAUUAAUAGGACAGUGGGUAAGAUUUCUGUAUAACCCAAUAAAUUUAUUAUGGAUGCAGCAAUUUCCCCCUUAUCUACAAAUAGUUGCCCCUGCAGGGAUUUCUAGGAAAUCCCGAGGAUGCACUCUAGUAACUCGCGCGUAUAUUAAGGAAAGUUCUUACAGUUGAAAUAUACAGUCAGUAUGCCAGAAAAAAUCUCGAUUUGCUUGAACAGGGGCUGCAAGGAAUGGGUAGGUAAUGAUGACGUUUCUUUUGCUUGCACCCGCAAGAACGAAAUGGUUAGGGUGACAUAAAGACAGAAAAUCGCGAAGGGACCGCUUAGGUAGAUUUUGUGACAUUUAUUGUGCAGUCAUACUUCGAUACUCUUUUGCGUUACGUGUUAUCAGUGACGUUCUGUGGAGCAGUUGUUUUGAAAGUUAUGGACUCCUGCAAGCCUAUCACUAGCAGAACGAUGGACGAUUACCGAAUUCGCCGACAAUCAAAUUCUGUGCUGACUUAUUCCCUGCUCACAGAUGUCCGUCCACUAUAAAGUUUAAAAUAAGACUAGAAUGCGUGGGCGUGAAUUGAUCAAGCAUCCCUUUAACUUCUAAGGCGUACUUUCCCGGCAAAUAAAAUGAACUGAAUGUAAAAAGUGAAAGAGAAAUAGCGAAAAAUUCAACUUCUAAUUAAAUCUUUUUGAUGGUUUACAAUAAACUAUUCUCAAAACUGAGAAUGAAACUGAGAAUGUUUUGAUCAAAGCUGUGUAAAUUGAACUGAAACUGUGCAUGGAACCUAGCGUUUCCUUUAUUUAGCUCACCUAUUGUACAUGUGUAUGGAAUAUGUGUGAAAAUCUUCACUAUGAAUCGGUAUAUUUCAAAGAGCUACACAACGAGCAAGAACACUAUUGACUGACAAUAUACAGAGCAGGGGCAAAUGUAGUGUCAACUAUGACUAGUUUAAUAUAUCGUCGAGUCGAAAUGUGUAUGCAUAAUAAAUGUAUGGGGUUAUUAGGAAAUCUGAAACUUGUGUCUUGGUAUAAGAGAACUUUGUGUCAUCCAGUUUGGUCAGUAAUCAUACUUGUGAUUAAACAAAUCAAACUCCCGCUGUGCAGUCAUCCAAUUUUGUUAAUAACUCGUAUUCAUGAUUUCAAACUGGUCAGUGUAAAACGCAGACUGCGGACUGUUGUUUUUCCCAUGGAAAUAGGGACCUUAAGCAUUGACAAUGAAACACACGAUGAUGAUGCUUCGCAACCCGGGCAGACUGGGCCAAGGGUUUCAUUUUCAGUGGGGAAAACGAAGUUUAAGCAGUGCAGCUUCCCAGACAGACGGCGACUUUUUCUUUGCAAAGGAGUUUGUCUUGUUACAGUCUUGUUAUGGCAUUCAAAGACCUCCGUAAUUUACAUCUUAUAAGCUAUGACAAUGUUUAAUCAAUGGUGGCAAAUUUAUUGUUCUUUACAACCUGUAAUUUGAUUGUGGAGGCUUUCUCUUUGUCGCGCAGCUUUUGCUUUUGUUUUGAAGUUAAAAGUGAAUACUGAAACAAACCGAACCUGAAAAAUAAAUUCAAGUUAGCAAGCGAAGAAGUCGACAAAAUGCUUAACAUUUGGAUUCUACAUGUACUGAAUGACAAGGUGAAGAGUGAUUUACACACAAAAAGCAUAUUUUUAUAAUAACGUUUUAGCACCUACGGCAAAACUCCGUGAAUUUCAUUGUCGACGAAGGCUGGAUGACGUUUUGACAACCCGAUGCAUGCCCGGAAGGUUCGCGCAGGAAAAUUUCACUUCCGGCCGUCAUCGUUGUCCCAUUUCGUUGUUGAUGUUAAAGGUCCCUAAUGAGAAUGUGACAAUAAUAGUCUCAUUGUUUUCUAACCCUAAAAACAAUAGUCCACAGUCUGCAUUUUACACUACCUCGAUUUCUAACUGAAUUGGACUCCACCAAGUCCUAUUAGCAUUUUUAAUUAUGGCUCAGUCAAUUCCAAGCGUGCCCAUCCCCCCCUCCCGGGCAUUUGUCAUCUUGUCAGUCCCGCCGGUGGGGAAUUUGUAAAUUCUAACGGCUAGGAGCAAUUUGUGAAAGGUGCUUUAUACUAUUAACAAUCUACCUUUAAUGCAAACCGAACGAAGGUUACAACUAGAAGUGAACAACAUAAGCUACAAGACAAGAGAAUAAAUCAUAAGAUUAUGCAAUCGAGGAGCACAUGUAAUCCCCUAGAGAGUGUCAUAUGAUCUUAAUCAACGAAUCACAUUACAUGAUUAUUAUAAUUUCUCCAACAUAUACCACGUUUUGAUCAGAUUAUUACAGAUUUCCUAUAAAUACGGCAUUUGCAGCUUAUUUACUGGAAAGUGCAAUUUUGGUGUUGUCCAGAGCGUUGCCUCCAUUUGUUAGGCCCCUCUGUGAAGUUUUUCUUUGAAUUAUUUGGCCCUAUUGUGGGGCAUUUACGGCUUUUCCAGAAAAAUGACAACUGCGUUGGGGGUGGGUGAGGAUGGGGGGAUGGGCAUGCCUGGAGUUGACUGAGCCAUUAUCUCAAGAUUUAUAGUUGUGUACAUGUAAACUUAAUGAUAUCAGGUUUAACAUUUACUUUUAUUCAGUGUCUGGUUAUUGUAUUCAACAGAGUUGAUCAGCCAGGAGCUGAGACUAUUACGAAAUGUAGCUGCAAUAGAAUAACAGAAUUCUUAGGACUUGAGGUGAAGACAGUGAUAUGUGGCUGGCCAGUAAAAUACAUUAAUCAAUAAUGAAAUAUUAGCCUACCUACAUGUAGCCAACCCAUAAAUAUGGUCAAAUUCAUGUUGCAGAUUAGCUAGCAUGAACAGGGUUCCACAGUACUCUUUGUAAAGAUUUUUGCUUUUAGGACCCUCCUUUCAGUUCUUAGACCUCUCAUAAGGUGGGUAACGUGGUGAGAAACCUGUACCUGCCAACUCUUAUUCAUUAUACGUGAGUCUCAUGCCUGGGGACUGAACACAUUGAUCUCAUUCAUCAAGGACAAUAAUUUUUUCUCAUGCCUGAUUCACAAAUCCAGACAAAUUGUUCUUUUACACAUAAUUAAUAACAACAAUUUAAUUCUAUUUUCAUGAAAAUAUUCCAAAAACGCAUUGAAUGGUGACUUUCUGUCCUAAUGAAAUCAAAACACUAAAAUUGUCGUCUUCUAAAUAGCUUCGGAAGUGUUCAAAGUUUGUCGGAACAUCUUCUGGCAUUAAUUUUUUUGAUAACAUUCAGAAGUCUUUGUAAAAUCGUUGGAAAUCUUCGGAAGUCGCUGGGAUGUUUUCAGAAAUUCUGCUCAUGACAAGGCAAAAAUCUUGCACAUUUGACUCAGAAAAAGUUGGCAGGGAUAGAAACCUGUUUAGGAUCCUCUAGGAUCCUGCAUAGAAACAGGGGCCUAAACCUGAACAUUGGACAUUGAUUAGGAUCCUAAUGCUCAGCAAGAUCUCUGUAUAAACUUAAUCAUAGAGAUGGUAUAUGAGAGGAUCUUUUUAAUGUUAUUUUGUGAAUGGAAUAAUAUUACUUCCUUUUUAUCCUAGGAAUAUGUUUCUUACCUAUCAAUUAAAGAUCCCUUUCAAGAUAUACGUGAAGGAUACAAUGAAGAAAAGUGUGUUUCUGUGUGGACUCCAGGUGGUCGUAAAAAGGUACUUGAUACAGUCUCAGACAAAAAUAGUUGGGACACCUUAACCAAACGCUGUUUUUUCCCUUCUCGUGCUCCCCUCUUCCCUCUCAAAGUUGUUUAUCGCGGUUUGGUCACCAAAUCUUGUACACCAACAUUGAGGGGACAAGGAGACCCCAAAGUGUCCCAACCAUUUUGACUGAGACUGUGUUUUUGAGGAAUUUUAGGUAUGUGACUCCUCGUUGGCUCUAGUGGCGGGAAAUCGCUAGGCAGGUAUAUGCACGUUUCGGAGCCAUUUUUUCGGGAAAAGCAUUAGAAAUUUCAGGGAUAGAAAGAGAGAAGUCAAUUAAUAGAGGAAAGAAGUCUUUGUUUCUUUAAUUACAACAUUCCACGGUAUUAAAAAAGCUUUCGAAGUAGUCGGCUUAAAGAGUGAACAACGGACGAGUCAAAACUGGGCGCAAUUAUUUCGCAGGCUGUGUAUCUUGCCUCUAAUAUAUUGUACCGGUGGAGACACGAUUGGACGGGUCACCAUAACGGGUCACCAUACUAUCCAGAGCGUUUUCUAAGACCUCUCUGGUAUAUAUAAUGGAUUAAGAAAGAAAAGGAUAAGGUACUUUCACACUUAAUUGAAAUAGCCAAGGUUUAUAUCGCCUUGAUAUAUGUAAGACAAGUUAUGAAAACUUUGAUCAUGGUGACACGAUUGUUCGCUGAAAGAAACUUAUAAAUAUCUUAAUUGAAUUAAUGUACGGUGACCCGUGUACACGUCGAGAAUAAUGCUUUUUUUGACGUUUUAAGGAUAGGUAGUGUCCUCGUUUGAUAUGAUUCAUGUUUUGUACCUCAAGUCCCACGUUUAUGGCACAGUAGUUUGUUUUCGAGCUAUUCAGGAAGGUGUAUAUUUGGGAUAAAGAAUGAGAACCGAUGUCACCAUUUGGCGCAAGGCCAAAUUAACAUAUGUUGUAAACAACUUAUAAAAAGUUGUCGAUUUCACAGCAGUAGCCUGGAAUAUAAUUAAGAAACUUUUUGGCGUCGGACCAAACAGUUACACUAUUGUUGGACACCCUUUCUACGCGCUUGUAGUCAAAAGUAUCUUUAGAAAUUUAGAAAGCGGGAUACUGUUCUCGCUGAUACGUCUUGGGAAUAAUCCUGGCUUGUUGCAUUUUCUUCCAAACUGGACGAAAAAUUCCCCCCUUCAGUCUCCAAAUCGCUUAAUUGCUCUUUCAGCUGUCUUUCGCCUCUUGCCCUUAAAUUAGAAAUGCGUCCCUUUGAGCCUUGUUCCUACACUCUUUCUUGGCAAAGAGGCCUUCUCUAUUAUUCUCCACACAUUUUUUCUAGAAAUGUGGCACAUUCGAGCGCCUCUCCGUAUAUGAAAACCCCGAAUCUUACGUAGAUAGUAUGCACGUGCUAUAUUGUCACGCUAUCAAUCGGCCACUAGAAAGCUAUUUGUGUACGGUUUAGUGAACACUCAGUUCCUUUUAUUUUCCAAUACUCUACUCUGCCCAAGAAAUUUCUGCGAACUGGUCAUUCUUUGUGUUAUGUUGUUAUGCCCAAAUAACUUAGUUCACUGCUAUAGAAACGUUCGCGAAACACAAUGGAUGCCCAACAAACCAAAAGCCCGUCGCUUGUGACCGACCUACAGAUUAACCUCCGUAUCUGUCAACACGCCUUCAAAUUCCUCACCGACACAGUCUCCGACAAAAAUAGUUGGGACACCUUAACCAAACACUGUUUUUUCCCUUCUCGUGCUCCCCUCUUCCCUCUCAAAGUUGUUUAUCGCGGUUUGGUCACCAAAUCUUGUACACCAACAUUGAGGGGACAAGGAGACCCCAAAGUGUCCCAACCAUUUUGACUGAGACUGUAGUUACAUGGAAUAAACAUUGUGUAAAGGUGGUGCCCUGAAAUAUACCAUUAAACAGGAUGUAGCAAAAUAUGUUGCAGGAACUACCCUAGUCUUUUGAUUGGUUAUAGGAGAUAAUCAAUAGUAAAAGUAUUAUUCAAAACACCCUGCUGUACAACAAAACAACUGAUGGAAUAGUAAAAUUUCCAUGAAAACCCUUAGGAUCAUAAAAUUAUUUUCUAGGAUGUCCCAUUGUCAGGUUUUCUGCAUCUUUGGUAGCAUUGGGUGGCACCUUAUCUUUACAUUUAAAUAGUCAAUAUUAACAAACAUGUUUAUGCAAACUGUAGAAAGAGAAAAUAAGGCGACAGCUACUUUUUCAAUUUCUUACCACAGAGAUGUUCAUUGUGCCAGGAAGAUGAAAUGAGUGAAAAUCUGAUAAUUUUUUUUUAACUAUCAUUUGUUGUGUUAAAAUUUAUUAUGUAUGAUCUCAGAUUUCUUUGGUGUAAUGAGGUUUUUCAUUGCCAGGUAGAUGUCAACCUUUUCCUGACUUUUCUCCAAACGUUCAAGCCUAAUAUAGCUGAAUGUCUCUGUGAUACCAUUCCAGCCUCCAAGCAGACUGACAAGAGAAUUCGCAAAUCUGUUGAUCGAACAUUAAAGUUUCUGGAUAAAUGUAUUGAAGAAAUGGAGAGUAAGGUAAAUAGUACAGUGUUUAGGUGAAUUUUUUUUUUUUUACAUCUACCAGUGAUUUAAAUAAAGUAUUAAUAAAUAAACUGUGAAAGGUUUAAACCCAGGAGUCAUUUCAUAAGUAGGAUGAGUUCAGAGUAUGAUCAUCCAGGUAAACGUAGUCUAAAAUAGAACUAUUGUUGUUGACAGUGACUACAACAGUCCUAUUGAGGACUACACUCACCUGGACGAUCAUACUUAACCUAUUUAUGAAAUAAAUAAACUAUUGAGAUGUAUUCAGUUCAAAAUAGUGAAGUACAAUUUUAAUUGUGUGUUGCAGACAAAAAGUAUUCCAUAUUGAAUUCAUUUUUUUUUACCUGUGACAAAAUACAUGUACACUAUGUCCAGUCAGAAGCCUUACUUAAAAAUUUUCACAAGUGAAGAAAAAAGUUGAAAAAAGGGUGAUUUUUAAUAUAAUUUAUUGUGUGAUUGGAAAGUGUUUCAAUAACUACUUAUUGUGGUAUUUCACCAUGACUCGCUAAUUACAGUACAUUUAAGUGGUCUCCAUGCAUGAGAAAUGAAAACAUUUUGGGUUGUUCAGUGAAGCCAGUUUUAUUGUUGUAAUUUGGUGCCUCAAAGUAAAAAUAGUUUUGUUUGCAAUUUAAUUUUGGCUAAUUUAUUUUAUUUUAUUUUUACUUUUAGAGUUUAUCUUCUUGUAACUUAUUUGGAGUUAUUGAGGGCUCAAACUCAGAAAAAGAGCGAAUACGAUCAGCUUCAGAAACUUCAAAAAGAUCUGUAGCAGGUAAAAAGUAUAAGAAGACUUUUAUUUAAUUUAUUAUUGACUCUCAAUAACUGUCAAACCUUCAAGGGAAAUCAAAAACAGUUUCAGUUAUCAGGAGCUCAAAGCAAAAUUAAUAACCAGAAAGAGGAAAAUGGGAUGAGGGAGGAAUGCAAGUAUCAUGCACACUUCACUUCAAGGGCAGCAAAAGAUAUAUUGAUUUUUUAAAAAAAGAAUUAUUAAGCAACAACACUUGAUUAAUCAGUACAGUGCGAAACAAUGUGUUUAAAUUGGACGGUUGUUUUUAGAGAAAUUCAAUAUUUUGGACUACAAUUCACUGCAUUUUUUUCAAUUUGCCAUGCACUUAAAACUUGGUUUGAGUUAUCUAGGGUAAAAUUGUAUGGAAAUGAUCUGAAGGGAAACAAAAAAAUAUUUAGAGUUAGCAGGAGGUUCGAGUUAUCUAGGGUUUAAGUUACUGAGGGUAAAAUGACAGUAAAUGUAUGAAGCAAAUCCAGGGGAAAUUGACUUUGGUUCAAGUUAGCUUGAGGUUCGAGUUAGCAAGGGUUGAGAUAUCUGGAGUCAACUUUAUUAUAUAAAAACAGGAUUUCACACUUUUCAUAGUAACAUUAUUAUGACCUGUUUAGUUUUGUCUUCAAGUCCCAUCAACUCCAUUUAAAUAAAUUUGUCAUCAGAUGGGUUGUGAGGGGAUCCUUGUUGUGUAUUCCUGCUGCUCUUUUUUUUCUGUAAGAGUACUCGUAAUUUUAUCAUUAUCAUCAUAAUCAUCAUCAUCAUAAGCAAUAACACCAUCAAAAACACCAUCAAACAUCAUCAUCAUCAACAACAUCAUUGAUCAACUUGUAGAAAUUUUUUUUCUCUUUUUACCCCUACAUAUUAUUGUUUAGGCUUUGUUCUGGAGGGUUUUAGUUCGAGUGAAUGUGAAUGGAACCACCUGCUGCAGAGGACAGUGGUAGGUAUACAUGUACUCGGAAACAAGUGAAUUUUGCAGAGGCCUUGAUUUUAUACUUCUAGGGUGAAAUAUUUGGCUAAAAAAUCUGUUGAGCAUUAAAAUAUGUUUUCACUAAUAUUUCAAAUUAUCAUACACUGUGCAGUGAAACGUUUCCUCUUCAAGUUUUACCUUCAAUCAUCUACCCUGCAAGCAGAGGUUUCUCUCUUGCAUGUCUUUUAGUGUUUUAGUCAUUCGCAUCGCUUGUCGGUCACGAGGUUGGUUUGUUUUAUAUGCCCCAGGAGAAACUGGUGCUCGUGUCGUUGCAAGCAAAAGAAAGUGACUUUUUGGGUGGAAAAGGUCCCUUUAUAUAGACAAAAAAAGAAUGCACUGUUAGAGAAAGUAACCAAUUAGAAGUGUAGGAUUUUGAUCUGUUACUCUUGAAUUUGCAUGUUCUUUUGUUAGCUGCAAGCAAUAGAUACUAAUUGAAUGGAUUCAGAUCUGGGGGUAGGAUGUUUGUUAAAACUUCAUGAUGGUUUUUAGCAAGUAAAGCCUUUAAAAAAUGCAUCUGAAAAGUCAACAAUACAGGCGAGUCUAAUUUUGAUUUUAGCGCAAAUCGUGAUGACUCAGUUAUUAAAGUGAAUUGACCUUCACAUUUCUUUAACAGGAAGCCAUUCCCGAUAAUAAGCCACGCCUUAUACAUGGAUUAGGAUCUCCAGGUGAAUUGAUUAAUCAGUUCGAGAUAAAAAGCUAAUACUUUUUGUCUUGUACAUGAUUCAAAUUUAUACUUGGUUUAGAAUAAUGUUAUCUUCCUGUUGUUUCUGGAUAUGGUAAUAUCUGAUAAUGAGAUUGAUACAAUGAAAUUUAAUUAUAAUUUAUGGAUAAAAUUGAAUGACAGUAAAUGUAGGUAGGGUUUAAGUAAUGCUGCCUUUAAACAAAGUAAGAUGGUGGAUAGAAAAAGAAGAACAAAUUAAAAGCAACUUACCUAAUAAUUAUAACUGCUUUAAAAAUCAGCCUGAUCUAUCAUUUUACUGCUCACUGUGUAUGUACAUGUAAUGUGAAACUGUUCCCGCACAUUUCACAAGCACCUGUGCUAAAACAUAAAAGUGAGGCUCAGGUGGACAAAAAUCAAGCAUGCAUGGGUGACCACCCGUUGGCUUCUUUGCAUGACAGAAAGUAUAAUAUCAUAAUCUAUUCCCAGCGGACGCUCCUUUAACAAAGGCUUGGUGACUCGAGAGAUGAGUUAAAGGACAUGCGAGUUUGCAGGCAAGAAGGUGAUAGGGUUAGACCAAGAUAAACGAAAAAAUUGAGGGAAGGGAAAAAUAAACAAACCCAUUAAGAAAAAACAGGUGUUGAACCACCCCACCCUUCUCCCCCACAAGGGGCUUCAACAUUGCAUGAAUCCAAUUUCCUCCAGCCCUUGAAGCCAAACUGAACAAAUUUGCUUUACACAUGUUUAAUUUACUUAUACUCAGGAAGCCACUCCUGGAGGAGAAACCCAAACUUACAUCUGAAAUAGAGCUCUUGCUAGUAUUAGGUCAGUUAAGGCCAGUGUUACAUGAAUGACCACUAGCUGGGAAUAUAGGAAAUAUCGCUGUAUCCCAGGCUGCCAAACAGUUUCCAGGCUUCAAAUCAAGGGAACAAAACUUGUGUAGUUUUUUCUUUACCUUUGGAAGCCAAUGUUCAAAGUUGAUGGCUUUUGGUUAUAAAGAGACAAGAACACAGAGUGAAUUAUUCAUUGUAAUUGAGUAAACAAUAAAAAGGGGUGCAAACAAUGUAUUUACCAAGGGAAAGAAUAAAAGCAUGAUCAUGUCUGGUUAAUGUCCAUCUGAUCUGUGUGUAAAAUAUGACAUAAAAGCUUCUUCCUCAGAGAAACUAUUGUGUCAAACAAAAGCCGUAUUCCAUUAAUGUCUAUGCAUAAAUGUGCCACAAUCAUUGUUACAUGUAGGCAGACCUAAAUGUUUUGACAAACAAGGUAAAACAGGUGUUGCGUUCUUUCAUUUUUAGUUUUUUAAAUUCACUUUUAGAGUAGUCAUUUAAUACUCCUCAAUUUUUUAAUACAUCAGUUUCUUCUUUUUAUUUUGUAGAGGAGGUUGUCAUUGCUGUGGACUGUGGAAUUGAUCUAUUUGAUUCCUCAUAUCCUUUUUGUUUUUCUACAUUUCAGCAUAUCUUCUUAAUCCAAAUAUCACACAGAGACACAGAUAAUAAUAUGGCAGAAGCCAAAUACACAGCAAAAGAUUUAAGUUACAAACAUUUGGCUGACUUAAAUUUGCACUAGUACAGAUUCUCGAAAUUAAGGAUGCUAACUUGUGGUCCAAACAGUUUAUGCAAUAACAGGAGUUGACUGUACCAUGUUAGAAUGUAAAAGAGUAUAACCACUGCAGCUGAACUUUGUUACAUAUUCCUUAAUUGUUUCACUUAUCCAUGUCAGGUGGCUGAGCAUGGGUGCGCACUAAACCUAAAUUGGAGUAGAAAAAGAUUUAAAGCAGAGCUUUCUUAUUCACCUCCUGCUCAAGAGCCACUAGAGCAAAAAAGGAAAAUUCAAGAUGAUAAUUUGAAAAAUUCUUCUAAUGGGACAGAUAAUGAUAAGGGCACGCUGUAUACCAUUAAUCUUAAUGAGACUGGGUAAGUGAUCUUUUUCUCUUUUGCAAGUCAAAGGCUUUACUUAUGACUCAAAAUCAUUUAGCAUUUGUUCAAAAGCUGCUCAAUUGACUUUACCUUGAAUAAUAGUAUCAGACUGAGCUUAAGGGUCCCCCACCCUCUCUCCCUAAGGGAGGCCUGUUAUUCAGGUAAUUCUGGAUUAAAUUAUGGCUACUACUAAGGGUGGGAUGCUGGGAAUUUCUGUCAUCUUUCAUGACCAUGAGCUCCAGCUACUUUCAUAGGAAAACCAAAAGAAAUUCCAAAUUCUUCAAUUUCCUGCCUACAAAUUACAUAUUAUAUUAGCAACAGCCAAGUUGAAGAGGUUAACCAAGUUGGUUUGUUUCUCAUGUUUAAAGCAUCGUCCAGUGCUAAGUUUGUGGUAUUUCGGAGGUAGCUGCAAAAUUCAAGUCAAAAAUAAAUAAACAAAUAUUAUUAAUAAUCUCUUGGGUCAUCUUGUGAGUCCUAGAUAAUAAUUUUACUAAAUUAGUCAAUUUUAUCAAACUUGUAAAGUAUUAAUAUUUGUAUGUUUACUUUUUAUCUAGAUUCAGUUCUGACUUCAAUCCAGUUGUUAGUGGUUGCACUUGUUACUGCUGUACAAAUCAUACGCGGGCAUACAUUCAUCACCUUCUUGUUACCAAGGAGAUGCUAGCCACUGUUCUUCUUAUGGUGUAAGCUACCAAUAAUAUUACUAUUACAUUUUGCUUGUUUUUUUUUUGUUUUUUUUUUUUAACAAAGACAUCUUUAGCUUGGCUGGUAUAGUUUAUUUUCUCAUUCCAAGUCUGCCGUUCUCAAGGGAAUUUGCACUUUGUCUUGUCCGAAAUUAUGGGCACCCAUGUGUUGGUGAAUAAGACAAACAGGACAAACAGUGCAGUUCUCCUUCGUAAUAUCACGUGGUGUGCAACGGGAGAACAAACCACAGUAGCUAAAAGGGUCUAUUGUUUAGUUACGGUUACUUCUUCCAAAUGCUAGAUGAUAAGAUUUGCAUCGCUACACUAAUCUUUAAAAAAAUGGAAGGCCUCUCUAAGAGUAUACUCACUGAAUCUCAGUCUCUGUAUUCUGGAGGCAUGCUCUACAUCAUUUAAGUGUAGACAAAGUCCUGUUAGUGUAGCCAUUCAAAUAAGACCGGUUGAAGUAAAUUUACAAGGUAUCAUUUGUUAAUUACACAGCAUUUUAUGAAAACAAUUUUCGAAUUUUUAAACGUUUACACUUUUAGGAGUGAAAAACCUAGCCGUUCACAAUGAUCAAAUAUGAUUUUUGCUCUUCCACUUGUCUUCUAAAAAAUCACUGUCUUUUCUCUUUAUUUAUAGGCACAAUUUACAACAGUACUUCCAAUUCUUCGCAAAGAUUCGACUGUCAAUUGAAGAGGAUAACUUUGAACAAUUUAAAGGGAAUGUCUUAACAGGCUACCCUCUUUGAUAGACUCUGACUAUUGGCUGUUUAUGCACUACACACAUACAAUCAUCUACACCCACAUCUUCUCAUUUUGGCCAAAGCCUUUACUAGAACACUUGCUAGUGUUUGUGCGGGAAGCGGGGUCUUUGGCUUCCAAGUUCUGAAUCCACAAUUUGUAUUGCCUGAAUUUCAGACUACUGUUCACGCGGCACCGGACAAAUUUUCGACAGCGGACUGAAAAAUUUGACCGGACACUAUUCUCAUUACUUUUUUCAACUUUUCUCAGUGGUUUUUACAAUUGCCCAUGCGCAGAGCAAUACUUUAGCAAAUCCAAAAUGGUGUUCACACCGCGCCCGUCAAUUUUCGAACAUACCGGCUUAAAAUUUGACCUCGAUUAUUGGCGUUCAAAUUGUGGAGUCGCAAAUUCCUGAGCACUUCUCUCUCGGAAGUUUGCGACUCAAGGUGACGACUCAAAUCAGGCAACAUUUUAAUUUUUUUUAGUUUUUUGUUAUUAAUGGUGGAUCUCUCCGCUUCGCAGAGGUCUCUUUGUGUCGUAGGGAAGCUGGGGAGAGAGAAAGAACCUCGGCGGAGGAGAGAGGAUGGUGGAAGAUUGGUAGCCUGACUUCGCCCUGACUCUGACUCAACCACCUAAACAACUAGAACGUGUCAGAUAAUUAGAAAUGUUAAGGCCGAUUUAAACGGUACGAUUUUUGCUUACGAAUAUCGUGCGCGGUCACCAUACGUAUGUAAUCACUUUCCACCAUACACACACGCACAAUUUUCACUUACGACAUCCACUAUGUGUUGUAUGAAUGUCGUGGGUCUAAUUUACACGACACGAUCUGUCGUGAAGUCAUGACGCAUGACGCAUGUUAAUCGCCCUUUAAGCACCGUUUUUCGUGCCCUUGUAGUGUUAGCAACCUAAAAAUCUGAAAUAAACGAAUUUUAACAGGUC